UUUCAUUUUCAGCAAAAUACUUGUUUCUGCAUUGCCCUUUAUGUUGCCGUGUUCGUUAUUCGUUAUCGUGAGCCGAGUAACGAGUUAGCUUUGAGUGGGCCUGCGAGUGAGAGCUGAGUCGCUGGUCGCUGCUGAGUGUUGAGAACAACAUCGAAAGACAAAAACAAUGGCGACAACACAAAUGCGAGCACGAAGCGUAAAAAAGCUUGAAAAGCCUCGGCCGCUGAAGCUGGCUCAGCGUCAAUCGACCGUCGACGGGCGGAUAUCGACAAUUGAGGACAUUCUGUCCUUAAUCGACAAUGUGAUAAUGCAAUUAAGCAAUGGUUACCACGAUCGAAUGCUGCAAACAAAAGUGAUUACAAUGUGCAAUCACCUGAAGCUGUAUUCUUCGCAGCUGGAAACUAUGUACAAAGAUCAGCUUGAUAGAGCCUUUGUAGUAAUUAGAAACGCCAGCCACGAUGGAAGAUUGGAUGUCACAACAAGAGUUCACUUGCUGGAACUUAUCGAAUUGAGAGCCAAACAAUGGCACCACUCCGACUCAAUGGAUGCUUAUUAUACGCAAAAACUUACGCAUUUAGAUAAUCACCACCAUAAUGAAGCAAGAUCUCCGGAGAAUCCAACUCUGAUGAUGAUGCCACUAGCGUCGCCCUCGACACCAGUUUUGAGACCAGGUGAGGUGAUUAAGAACAGUGGGAAAUUUGCGAAACCAACGCGGAUUCCUGGCAAAAAUUAUUGCAAGGAUGAAGUUAUUAUUCGCAACAGUGAUUCAGGAAAAGUGAUGGGAAUAAAAGGGCGACGAGUUCACAUGAUCGAAGAACUCAGCGAGACCAUCAUCUCUUUCCAGCGAGUGAACCCCGGAGCGAAAGAGAGGCUUGUCCAAAUCACGGGAACUUCAGAGGACAAGAUACAUUACGCGAAGGAUUUAAUAAAGAACACGAUACAACGAAAUGCAUCGCCCGUUCGACUUGAUCAAGGUGGAGGAGAGAAAAGCGGGAUAGGCGACUCAAGCUCGUCCCUGAACAGCAGCGCGUCUGACGAAAGCAACAGACUGCAAAGCUCGCGUUCUCGUCUUGCCCACAGCUUCUCCACCAACGACGCCAGUAUUGGCGAAUACAAACUUACGGUUAUUGUCGGUAACCAAUCUUUGAAGAUCUCUGGCUGUGAUUUGAACCUUGUCAAGACCGCGAAACAAAUUCUGGAAGAUCUUCUGUCUGGAGAUGGAGAGCAGUCCAACAGCGGGGUUGAGUUCUUCAGUCUGGAAGAAGAGGCUGCCUUUUCUCCAGUCAAUCAGUCCAGCCCGCAGAUUUACUCCAACAUUUACUCGAACAAGGCCCAAGUCCCAGGCAGAGAACUGAGUCUCGAAAGCAGUACAACUUCUGAAAACGAGGAAACUUACAAAGCUCGUGCAAUUUCGGAACCCACGAAGACGAAGCCGAAGAAAAAUGCCUCGAGGGAAUUGUCGUACGAUUUUUUAAUGAUGUGCUCCGAAGGACCCUAUGCAAAGAGGGCUCCCGCAGAUUGGGCUCGAAUCCAAAAGGAGUGCCCCAACAUUGUGCGCAAGGUAUUUGACAGGAAUGAUAAUUACAUUUCUCACAAUAUGUUUGCAAUGAAUAAUAACAAAACCGUUGAGCCCAAGGCUAGUUACUUCAUUGACGCCGAAAAUAACAAACAUCCACGCUACAAUUUCGUCUACUUGCUCUAAAGAAGUUUAUUAAAUUUUGUUCCUUCGUUACUAAAGAGUUCUCUAUCAAAAAUCGGACAACUGCAAUUGUCAAAACAUUGCAAAACAUUGCAAAACAUUGCAAAAUCUGUUCCGAUUACAGGAUAAAAAAUUAUUUUCUCAGACAGAUACUUUGAAAACUUUUCCAAGAUGAAGUUUUUAACGCUCUCUGAAUAUAUUACACGAAUAGAAUGAAUACAUUAAGAAGAAACGAAACUGUUAAGGCUGAUGAGGCUAUGAACCGGAAUUUCAUAGUCAGACUCGUUUACACUUAUUUCCUUCUGGAAAAUUACUCAACGUUUAAGGCAUUGAUUCUCAGAGAAAUUUAUUAAUCAGAGACUUUACAUUAUUAUUGUUGAUGAAAGUAUGUAAAAGUUUUUAUACUAGUGUUAAGAUUUACAAUAUUCGACUGAAGCCAAACUAUUAUUAGUAAACUAUCAUUAGUAUUCGAAUCAAUAGAUUUAAUUGUUUAUAUAAACCAAAAAGAAGGUUGUGAAGAACUUAGAGAAAUAAUUAACUACCCUAUAGUAUUAUUAUAAAAGAAAGUAUAUCUCACGUUAACAGUAUUACACGAUAGUUGAGCUAUUUUGUACCAUGUUUAAACUUCUAUUACAGAAGUAUUUACACUCACAACCAAAGAGAUUAAACUAAAUGCGCGUUUAUCUAAAAUCCAUGACAAAUACACUUAGUCUUCUUUUCGUUCUUAAUCUCUUGCAUUGUAAAAUUCAUCAAAGAGAUUCUUCCGUUAAAAAUCUUUCUUUAGACGUACUUUCUUAACAGACUCUUUAUUUUCUUUUUUUUUUUUACUUUCUUAACAGUAUCCAUGAUUAAGAAAAUUGUUUUUUGUCAUUUGAUAAAUUUGAUAAAUUUAAUAAACGCAUUAAUUCACA